AUGGAUAAUACUACACCAUCUGUCGAGGUGGACACUACUGCUUCAAUUCUUGUUUAUGAACGUUUUUAUGAACAACAGAUUUUAGCAGCGAUUUUCAUCAUUGCUUCCGUGUUUGGAACUGUCGGCAACAGCCUUGUCAUCAUCGCCGUCGCUUCAUCCAAAAACCUCCGGACGAACACCAAUGUCUUUGUAGCAAACCUCGCUGUCGCUGAUGUUGUGACUAGUCUAUUUACACCAUGGCAAGCCGUGGCGAUCUUGGGAGGGGACGACGAGUGGCCGAUACCGGGAGCGGAAUGGGUGUGCACGGCCACCGCCUUCGUUAAUCUCCUCACAAUCGGCUGCAGCAUCAACAACCUAGCCCUGAUCGCCGUCAACCGCUGGGUGGGUAUCACCAAGUCUCGCUUCACCACCCGUCGCAUCUACACCUCCCGUAAGGUCGCCCUGAUGGUGAUCUUCUCGUGGGCUGUACCGCUCUGUUGCGCCUUGAUACCAGUCGUCACCGACGUCGGCGAACUAGGCUACGAAAAGCUCUACAAAUCGUGUUCCUGGGUCAGAUCGAAUCCGCACCAAGAAACCUACAACAUGUUAAUCGCAGCGGUGUACUACCCAAUACAGCUUACUGUUGUCGCCGUCAGUUACAUUUCCAUUUUCUACUUCGUCUGGAAGACGUCACAGGAAACUCUGGAAACCGUAACCAACGAAGAAACGAGGAAGACGAUAUCGAAGAGACAGAUUGACGUCACUAAAAACCUGGUCUACGUCGUCUUGGCGUUCGUUGCGUGUGUCACGCCUUAUUUCAUUUCGCUCGUGGCCUAUGCCGACUGGAGUUACCGACUCGUUCCCUGGGGUGCCGCCAUCUUGUUGUCCAACAGUAGCGUCAACACUAUCAUUUACGCAACCUCGCACCCAGACUUCAAAAAGGCUUUCAGACACCUGCUAAGGUGUCAGAGAGCCUCUCGGAGUGUUGUCAGGAAGAUGUCUACGGCAGCUCUACAUAACAUCAGCACCUCAGUGACUCAGGAAUGUUUAGACACCACCAAUCAAAAAGCCUAA